AUGCGGCUCCUUCCAUGGGGGAGGAGGGGAAACUUCAAUGGCUUAAAACACCUUCUCUUAGCUUGUACAGACCCACCAUUAGUUGCUACAGUUCAUGCUCUCCUGAUAACAUCUGGUAUCAUCCAAGACGACGACAAUUCCAUUCCACAAUUAAUAUCCUCUUAUGCCAGAGUAUGUCAGUUGAACUUAGCACGCCAGGUGUUCGAUCAAUUGCCCCAGAGAAAGAUAGGCGCAUGGAAUUCGUUAAUCGUUGCUUAUUCACGCAAGGAUCGUCCUGCCGAGGUAAUUAAUCUCUACCGUUCGAUGUGUCGGGACGGAGUUAAACCUGAUAGCUCAACAUUUACACUAGUUAUCAAGGCUUGUGCUAGCUUAUUAGAUUUUGAUAUGGGUGAAGAAGUUCGUCGAAGUGUAGUUGAAUCCGGAUAUCUAAAUGAUCUCUUUGUUAGCUCUUCCCUUUUGAAUUUCUAUACCAAAUGUGGAAGAAUGGACAUUGCAUUAUCUAUUUUCGAAACUAUGCAUAAAAAGGAUCUCGUUUCAUGGACAACAAUGAUCACGGGUUUUGCACAGAGUGGGCAAGCUAUUGAAGCUAUUAGUAUCUGCAGGAAGAUGCAAGAAGAAGGAUUCGAACUUGAUAGUGUUGUGAUGUUGGGUUUGAUCCAGGCUUGUGCAAAUCUUGAAGACAGAAGAAUUGGAUUCUCCAUCCAUGGAAGUAUGAUCAGAAGAGAUCUGUCGAUUGAUGUAUUAGUUCAGACCAGCUUAGUCGAUAUGUACGCCAAGAUGGGAUGAUUGCAGCUCGCACAUCGCUUAUUUCAAACAAUUCCUACCAAAAGUGUCGUCACUUGGAGUGCUCUGAUUUCCGGUUAUGCUCAAAACGGUUUCGCAAAUAAUGCACUCGAGUUAUUCAUAGAGAUGCUUGAAAACGGCUUUGAACCCGACCCUGUUUCACUUGUUGGGUCGCUUUUAGCUUGUUCUCAACUCGGUUGUUUCAAAUUGGGUCGUUCUGUUCACGGGGAACAUCUUGUUUAAUCAGAUAGUUUGUAAAGACACAGUAUUAUGGAAUGCUAUGAUUGCUAGCUAUGGAGUUCAUGGACAUGGAAAGGAAGCUCAUUUGUUGUUUCUGAAGAUGAUAAAGACGAAUUCAGAACCAGACCAUAUAACGUUUGCUUCUCUUCUGUCUGCGUUUAGUCAUUCGGGUUUGGUUGAAGAGGGUAAAUAUUGGUUUAGUGUUAUGGUAAAGGAAUUUAAAAUCGAACCAUCUGAGAAUCAUUAUACUUGCAUGGUUGAUCUUUUUUCUCGAGCAGGAAUGGUGAAUGAAGCGUUUGAUCUUAUAUCUUCGAUGAAGACCGAGCCUGGCGUUGCUACUUGGGUUUCUCUUCUGUCUGGUUGUUGUAAUCAUCGGAAUAUACGAAUUGGAAUGGUGGCGGUUGAAAAAGUUUUGAAGAUGAAGAUCGAGGAACCGGGUGUUUAUACUUUGGUUUCUAACUUUUUUGCAAUGGCAAGAAAAUGGGAUGAAGUGGCUUGGAUUAGAAAGGAAAUGAGGAGAGUUGAGAUGAAGAAAACUCCUGGUUAUAGCACAUUGGAAGUUAAUGGGGAUGUUCAUGUUUUUGUUGUGGAAGAUGAGAGAUGUUUUCAGUAUGAAGAAAUGGCACAAAUGUUGGAAAGGCUGGAAGAUGAUAUGAGAAUGGUGAAAGAUUUACCAAUUCCUGAUCUACUCGACUAGCUCAAAGUAUAACUUUUCAAAUAAUUCUUAUUCUUAGAACUUGGAAGUUUCCAAUGCUAUUUACCUACAAAGGGUAAUUAUGUAUUUAUACUAUUUUUUAUUUGUAAAUGUCAAUAACUAAAGGAAAUCAGUCCUAAACCUUUUCACUAUUAUAUGAGUACCUUCAAAACAUUCUUAAUGCGUUUUUCAUUUUUUAUGUGUUAUUUUGAAG